GGGUUCUCUUCUCACCGGUGCAGCAACCCUAAACGAUAUCUCGAACCUCAUCCUCAACCAGAAGGUCAGGAACGUGCUGGAGAGGGCCUUCUGAUUGGGUGUCAUCCAUCUCCAGUACCAUCGGAUGGCGUCUCGGCAGCACUUGGCGCCAAGUCCGCUCCUCUGGGCACGCUGCGAGCGGAAGAUGAGCCCUCGACCAAUCUCUGUGAAGCGAGAGCUCACGUUCUCCAGUGUACCAAUCAGUGUCAGCUGGAGUGCCGAGAUGAGAUGCAGCAAUUUGAUACCUUGGCGUGAAGUCUGUCAGCACGUUCUCGCCGAGUGUAGCAAUCCUCCCGAGUGCAGCAGAGAAGGGUUCCUACUUAAUACUCGUCCGCCCGUAGAACAGUUUUUGAGGUGUAGAGAUAUCCAGUCCUUCAAGACCACAUCAGAGCCCUACCAAUCCUUCUCCUCGCCCUCCACAUUACCCUUCGGUGUGGUUCGGCACGCCGCCCAACAUGAUUCCCGCCAUUACCGCAAAGUAUGACUGGAUCUUGGCAAUAACCUCGAUUGCCUUCGUCUUCAGCGCCUUCGGAAACGGUGCCAAUGAUGUGGCUAACUCAUACGCAACGUCCGUGGCUGCCCGGACUCUGGAGAUGUGGCAGGCGGGUAUCCUGGCUACCAUCACAGAGUUCGUCGGUGCCGUGGCUUUGGGUAGCCGUGUGACCUCGACAAUCAAAUCGGGCAUUAUCAGCCCCGAUCGCUUCAUGGGCAAACCCGGUACCUUCAUGUUGGCCAUGGGCUGCGCGGAGGUUGGAAGCGCCACCUGGUUGAUGGUGGCUACGCACUACGGGUGGCCAGUAUCAACCACGCAGACCGUUGUCGGGGCUUUGGUCGGUGUCGGAUUCGCUACACAAGCAGAAAUUUCCUGGGGAUGGAAGAGUGGCAGUGUGUCCCAAAUCGCGGCGUCUUGGGGUAUCGCCCCGGCUGUUGCUUGCGGCUUCUCGGCUCUGAUCUUCGGCACCCUCAAGUAUAGCGUGCUGGAGCGUCAGGAUUCUUUCAAAUGGGGCAUGCGUCUCAUUCCCCUCUACCUUUCCGUGACCGGAGCUAUCCUCGCCCUUUUCAUUGUUGUUGAGGCCCCUACUGCCCCCUCGCUCGAGGAGUUCGGUGCCGGCAAAGCCGUCGGCAUCAUCCUCGGCGUCUUCUUUGGCUGUCUCCUCAUCUCCUACGUCUUCUUCGUCCCCUACUUCCACCGUCGCCUCGUGAAACAAGACCCUCGCAUCCGAGCCUACCACAUUCCCCUCGGACCCUGGCUUCUCAAGGAUGACUGCCCCCUCUACUGGCCUGGCAAGGGUGACAAGUUCGUCACCAACUACUACGAAGAUGCCCAUGGCGAAGUCCGCGCCGGCCACAAGGAUAGCGGGAAAGAGAAAGCAUCCGAUCAGAAAGACACGAACAUUUCCGACAUCGAGCGUACCGCCGAGUCAGCCAUGGCUACUCCCCAGAUCCAACCGAAAAAGCGCAUCAUUGGCCCCCAUGAGCGCUUCCUCGAGCCUGUCCAAGACCUCUCCUGGCUCAACCCGGCCAAAUGGUGGGGCUGGAUCAAAUUCAUUCUCCUCCAGGGUGUCACCCGCGAUGUGAUUACCCACGACUCUGAGCACCUCCGCGCCGUCCACGCCCGUGCCCACCGGUACGACGACCGCGUCGAGCAUCUCUGGACCUACUGUCAGGUUGUCUCCGCCAUGAUGAUGUCCAUCGCACACGGCUCCAACGAUGUCGCGAACGCCGUGGGACCCUGGGCUGGUUCGUACGCCACCUACCUGUCCGGUGCGGUGAACACCAAAUCGGAAACCCCUGUCUGGUUCCUCGUCAUUGCUGGUCUGCUCCUGGGUGCCGGGUUCUGGUUCUAUGGUUACAACGUGAUGCGGGCGAUGGGUAACAAGAUUACCCAGAUGUCGCCCACUCGUGGCUUCGCCACUGAGCUCGGAGCCGCCGUGACUGUCCUCUUGGCCUCUAGACUGGGUCUCCCAGUUUCUACCACUCAGUGUCUCACUGGAGCCGCUACCGGUGUUGCUCUCAUGAACUUCGACAUGGGGGCGAUGAACUGGCGCCAGCUUGGAUUUAUCUUCAUUGGCUGGGUUCUGACCCUGCCUUGUGCUGGAUUGGUUGCUGGACUCAUUUGUCUGAUGGCUUUGAAUGCCCCACACUUUUAAUGGCUUUCUGGAUGGAUAAAAAGGCGUAUCGAUGGUGUUCUUGUAUAUAGAUUUCGGGUUUGUGCUCUGCAUUGCUUUCACGACUUUAUACCCCCUUUAAUCAGAUAGAGUUGAAUGCUG